UGCUGAACACAGAUUUGUUGAAUGAAUAAAAUGAAAAAGUUCAGCUUGUGCUUAUCUUAUCAAUACUUAAUUUUGCAUUGAAUAAUCAGUAUCGCCAAAGUAGGCGUACAGAGAAGUGUGUGUUUAUUGUAAUAAAUUUAAUAAAACUUUUGUGAAUUAGGAAAUUGUUCAGGUCGUGUUUUAAAUUGGUGUUUGUGUCGGUGUUGUUUUACUGUAGUACUGCGAAAUAUCAGAUGACAAUCACUAUGAAAAGAUGGUACCGAUCAAGGAGAAACCAGUUUAUAAUCGUCAUACUUAUAAUUUCAUGCACUGUAUACUACGCCCUUAUGGCUGACAGCCUACCCAUGGAGCAAGAUUUGGAUUUGACGCGAAGUGUACCCAUAGCGAUUACACAUAGAAUAGUAGCAGCUUCAUCACCGCCAGUGGUAGAGGCCACCAAUUUGAAAAGAGCUGCAAUAAUCGAAUAUAUUGAGAAACGCCUACAAGAGACAUUAAAGACAGACAAAGGUACAGGAUGUGAAAUCCCACAGCUGGACCCGUUCAGUAAAGAAGUGAUGCAGUUCAAUAAGGAUUUACCGCCGAUCAAAUGCAAAGGACAAGAUUGGGUAAAGUGUUGGCAUUCUGAUUGCAAAGUGGUUCCGGAGAUAUUGGAAACGACGAGUGACAUCACUUGCACAUAUCGGGAUAUAAUCUAUGACAGCGACGCAAAAUAUCAUCUUGGCGCAAACGUUGAUGUUAAGGGCGCUGAUGUUUACAAACUGACGCAGAGCGAUCAUGCGAAAGUCAAGUGUACCGGGAAGCAUGAGAAUACCCUUCUACCUUCCAAAUGGACAGGCCACGUGGCAGGGUUUCGUAGUACAAUAACCCCUAAAACACCCCCCAAAGGGAGGGAAGAUACACUCAACGUUUUGAUCUUCGGCUUCGACUCGACAUCGCGGAAUGGAUUCAUAAGGAAAAUGCCUAACAGCUACAGAUAUCUGAUGGAAGAUCUGCAAGCGACUGUACUCAAGGGGUACAAUAUUGUUGGGGACGGCACUCCCGCCGCUUUGUUCCCGAUUCUCACUGGGAAGACAGAGUUGGAACUUCCCGAUGUCAGGAAGAAAAUGAACACAGGCACUUUGGAUGACAUGCCUUUCAUAUUCUACAAGCUGAAGGAAGACGGCUAUCGCACUGCAUACUUCGAAGACAUGCCGUGGAUAGGAACUUUCCAAUACCGUUUUAACGGUUUCAAAAAGCAACCAGCUGACCACUACCUUCGUUCAUUUUAUCUAGAGGAAUCGUCUCGUGGUUCCCUAUGGAGCUCUAAGGACACACGGUAUUGUGUAGGAGCUACGCCGCGGUACCAGCUAAUGAUGAACCUUACAGAUCAGUUCCUCAGGUUGGACGGUAAACGGUUCGGUUUCACCUUCAUAGCGGACAUCACUCACGACGACUUCAAUGUGAUCGGAUCGGCUGACAAUGCCACCGUGGAAUUCUUCAGGACGUUCAAGGAUUCCGGCAGGAUGAAAGACACGCUGUUAAUCGUGAUGGGUGACCACGGAGCUAGGUACGCUAACGUCAGAAGCACGUUACAAGGCAAGUUAGAAGAACGCUUACCCCUAAUGGCUCUAGUUCUCCCCGAAGAGUUAAAGAAGAAACGACCAAAUGCUCAAGCUAACUUGGAGAAGAACGCAAAUGUACUAACCACCCCCCACGAUAUACAUGCGACAGUUCUGGACGUAUUGAACUGGACCAACCUUUGGAAUGACUAUAGAAUCAGAGGGGCUGAUUUGCCGAGAGCUUUGACCCUAUUGGAACCGGUGCCAAAGAACAGGUCCUGCAGUGAGGCGGGAAUCGAACCCCACUGGUGCGCCUGUCUUACCUGGCAAGAUGUCUCUGAAAACGAUCCCAUAUACAAGAGAGUAGUCGAUGCGUUGGUGCGAUACAUAAAUCAACUCACACAGGAGUACAGGUCGUUAUGCGUCCCCCGUACCCUAACUUCUGUGGGUUGGGUGAUGAAGCAGUUGGCCAACAACCAUUUGAUAUCGUUUGUGUCGGCCAAAGACGCGGACGGUUACGUAGGCAAGUUUGGUGGGAAAGUCAACAUCGAUAGAGAGGUCUACCAAGUUAAGAUUGUUGUGGGACCAGGCGUUGGAGUUUACGAAGCUUCACUGACAUACUCCAAGAAAGCAGAUAAAUUCGAUGUCAACUAUAGGGAUAUAUCCAGGACUAACGCUUACAACGAUGAACCUCAUUGCAUCAGCGCAUCUCAUCCCCAUCUCAACAUGUAUUGUUACUGCAACGAUUGAAUUGUAUAUAAUAUUCCCAUUACACAGCUUUAGGGCUCGCUUCCACUAGCCAAGCUAUAUAUAAGCUGUUCUAUAUUGCUAUUGUACAGCGAGAUGUACGGUAAAAAUCCAUUGUAUGACAAUGAGUUGAUAAAACAGAUCUACUCUGUUUCUUUUGCGAAAUAUUUUAAAUUUGACUAAAAUAAUUAUUAAUUAGCACACAAUUAAUAGACAAUUGAAACAUAUUCAUUGAUUUUAGCAGACGGAAAACUGAGUUGAUCUCUUUGCUUCUCAUUUUGAUUUACCUACCGGAUUUUCGCUGUACAACGACAAAGUAUAAUAAAGCCAAAAGUCUUUAUAAGAAAAAUAUUACCAGUGACUUUACACCAGUCAAAGUUAUAAAAUUGGAUUCAAGGUUCAAUUGUUAUACGAUUAUAGCUCUUAUUGUUGUCUUAUAGAAGCAUCUUUGUAUCCAUUACCGUAGCAUUGUCUGUAGUACACACUUUUAUCACAAUGCAAUUUGAACCAUAAUAACAGUUGAUUAGAAACUGUUCAUAAUUACCUCAGAUUACAGAAGACAGAUGGAACGCAUGGAACACGAAAUACGUGGCACAAUAGCAAAUACGAAGUCAGAAGCGACUAUCAAUUCGCGUCAGUACACCACAACGCAUUAUGUUGUGAAUACGUUUCGUGAAUAUUAAAUUUUUAAUCAAAACUGUGCCACCUUGUUCGUUAAAACUGUUCGAAAAGACAAAAAAAGCAUUUACUUUUGAUUUGGUAUUCGCUUUGUGGGCACGCAUUACACGUUCUGUAAACUGAGAUAAUUACACUCGAAACUAAUAAUACGUAAAGGUGCUGGAAGAGAUUUGAAUCAGUUCAGUUUUUCUGAUAAUGACUGAUUUAAUUUUUUUGGAAUUCGUAAAUGUGUUUUUUAUGUCGUUUUUAUAUGUCAACACUCAAAGUCCCUAAGGUAACAUGAGUUUGAAACUCAUAUUACGUUAUUGUUACAGUAGUUACUAGUAAUUUGGUCUCCAUAAAAUUAUUAGGAUAUAAGUACGUUUAUUGAUAAUACUAGAAAAAUCUGUAUAUGGUAGAUGCUUAAGCUUUUUUGCAGUACUGGUAUAAUUCGUGUCCAUGUCAUUAAAGAAAGGAAUCGAAAAUAAGCCGACUAGGGACUUUCGGUCUCUCUCGCAUGUUACUUAGGGGCCAUCUAUAAAUAACGUCACACGUUAAGGGGGAGGGAGGGGGACGACGAAGGGUGAAUUCGGAAAUAUACAUCAGUAUACUGGCCUUUGGUAAUGACGUCACGAAUCCGACGCCAUUUUGUACUGGUAUGCUACCAUAUUUUUACCGGAAAAACGAAUAUGACGUAGGACCGAGCAUGCGUGAGAUGCAUUCGAAUUUUAUUUCUUUUUUAUUUAAAGAAUAAUAAUGGUAUCCGAACGAAAAGAAUUCCUUUUAAUUAAUGAGGUGAAUAAAAAAUCUUUAUUCGCACUAUUUUUAAUAUUGAGUCGAUUUAUGACGUCAGUGCACUGGCCAAUAUAUUUCGGAACAAUUCACCAGUAUAGCGUCGAUUCAUGACGUCAUUAUCACUGGCCAGUAUACUGGUAUAUAUUACGGAAUACACCCGAAAUGUGACAUCGUGUGACAAGGGGAGGGGUCCUAAACUUCGUGACGUCACAUUUCAAAAUCUAUUAUAAUCUACGUUUUGAAACAC